UGGAUUUUUUGCAAAUAUUGUUGAACAAGAAAAAUUAUACGAUAUGGACCAGACUUUACCUGAUGAUGCCUGGAAAGACUCUUUUGAUAGAUUGUUGGAUCCCCUACCUAAUCUACGAGAACUCAACUUAAUAAAGAAGAAUGUGCGAAAAUCAUUUAAUAUGGAUUCCAGUGUAGAAAACUCCAAUCCAAACAUGUUGAGCGUCGAUGACUGUUCCUUUCCAAACGCAAGAAAUAACCUUACGAAUGCUAGUGAUAAAUUAAGCGUAAUAAAUAAAUUCGGCAACUCCAUCUCAACUCCUUUUGCGAAACGCUUUCCCGAUAAUCUGUUUGAUUGUGCGCUAUCGCCGAUAGGUGGUAUGAAACUAGAUGGAUUCCUUCCUAAAGAUCUAGAAAAACUUGGACAACCACGGAAGCAAGUUUAUUUUCGUGUGAAUACAAUCAGCCCUGAAACGUCUAUCGAUUCAUCUUCGAUGUCUCAAUCUGAACCCACAUUGAACGCACAUCAGAUAUCAAGAAGACAGACUCGAUCUUCACUUGUUCUGCAGCCUGGCAAAUGGCGCAAGUCCUUACGUACCUGGUGUCGUACAAACCACAACGAAAUAUCUGGUCGCACCAGUCCAAAACAAUGCUUCAAACCGCGAGAUGUAAAGUCUGAUGAUUUAAGAGUUCUUCGGAGAAACUCACGAAAGUCGCAAUACAUAAAUCGUAUUUCAGAACAUGAUUUUCAGAUAAACUUCGAAAAGGAAGUGUUAAAGUACUGCGGGCAAUCAAAGCCGAUUAAAUUUAGUGCAGCUUAUGCUGCUGCAAAAAUGUUGAAAACUUGCAAGAUUGGCGAAGGAGUUUACGGAGAAGUAUUUAAAUAUACACCAAAGAAUAAAAUGGUAUCUAGUGUAGUCUUAAAGGUGCUCCCGAUCGAAGGUUCUAGUUUGGUCAACGAGGAAGCUCAAAAGACUUUUGAACAAAUAUUGCCUGAAAUUAUAAUUUCUAAAGAGAUGAGCGCACUACGAACAAAUCAAACUACCUCUACGAGUGGAUUUGUGGAUUUAUACAACGUGAACUUGGUGAAAGGAAAAUAUCCAAAACAUUUAAUUAGACUCUGGGAAGAUUAUGACGAGGAAAAAGAAUCUGAAAAUGAUAAUCCUACGAUGUUUACUGAUAACCAGUUAUUUAUUGUUUUGGAGCUAAAAUUUGCUGGCACAGAUAUGUCAUCUUUUGCUUUCCAAAACGCUGAACAGGGUUAUUUUGCAUUGCUGCAGGUUACAUUUACAUUAGCUGUUGGAGAAGAAGCAUUUCAAUUUGAGCAUAGAGACCUACAUUGGGGAAACAUACUCAUUGAGAAAACGAUGAAAAAGUUUAUUGAUUUUAAACUUGCCGGAAAACAGAUUUCGGUGGCAACAAGAGGGAUUCAAACUACCAUUAUUGAUUACACAUUGUCAAGAGUAACUGUUGCGGAAUGCUGUCAUUAUAAUGACCUCUCCCAAGAUGACGAUUUGUUUGCGGCCACCGGAGAUUACCAAUAUGACAUUUACCGCAUGAUGCGAGAUGAACUAAAAAAUAAUUGGUCGGCGUACUCUCCAAAAACCAAUGUGCAAUGGUUGUCCUAUGUUAACUCUAAACUGAUAGAUGGCGUGAAAUAUAAAAGUAUUAACACAAUGGCCCAUAAAUCUUAUUUGAGAAAGCUUAAAGCCUUCAACAACAUCGUCCUGAAUUUUAACAGUGCAGGAGAAUGCGGUCAAUAUUUAUACAACAUGAAUUAGGCGA